AUGACAUGUGUGAAUAGCGUGAUAGAGGUUUUGAAGAAUGAAGAAGUUAGAAUGAUUGGGAUUUGUGGUAUGGGGGGUGUGGGUAAAACCACAAUGGUGAAAGAAAUCAUCAAAAGAUUGGCAGGAUUGAAAGUAUUCGAUAAUGUUGUGAUGGCAGUUGUGUCCCAAAGCCCAAGCAUUCAAAAGAUUCAAUUAGAAAUUGCAGAGGAGCUGGGGUUUAAAUAUGACGAGAAUACCGAAAGUGGAAGAGCGCGAAGGCUCUACGGAAGACUCAUGGAAAUAAAUAAGAUCCUCAUUGUAUUAGAUGAUGUGUGGACAGAGCUCGAUUUUGAGGCUAUUGGACUUCCUUAUGGACCUCAUAAAGGGUGCAAAGUUCUGUUGACCUCGCGAAACUUGGAAGUGUGCAAUGCAAUGGGAAGUCAAGAAAUUUUUACAAUCCCAGUUUUAACACCAGAGGAAUCAUGGGAACUCUUCCGUGAAAUCGUAGGUAAACCCUUGGACUAUCCUGAUUUGGCAAAACGAGUCACGAAUGAGUGUGCAGGUUUACCUAUUGCAAUUUUAACUGUUGCGAAAGCACUAGAAAAUAAGAGGAAGCAUGUAUGGGAUGAUGCCCUCAAACAGCUACAAAGUUCAGCCCUUGGAAGCAUCUCUUCGAUGAAUGACAAAGUUUAUUCAAGCAUACAAUGGAGUUAUGAUAGAUUGGAGAGUGAUGAAGAGAAAUCAUGCCUUUUGCUUUGUUGUUUAUUUCCUGAAGAUUAUGAUAUUCCAAUUGAGUAUUUGGUUAGAUAUGGGUGGGGUCGAGGGUAUUUUAGUAACGCGGAUUCGGUGGAAGAAGCAAGAAAUAGAGUGCAUUCUUUGAUUGACAAACUUCAAAGAAGGUUUUUGUUGCUAGAUGGCAAAUCGGAAGAGCAUACCAAGAUGCAUGACAUAGUUCGUGAUGUUGCCAUACAAAUGGCCUCAAGAGAUCCACAUAGAUUUCUAAUAAGAUGUGAUGCUGAAAAAACAGGGUGGCCAAAGAUAUACGACCAUUACACAACAAUCUCACUGAUACCAAUUAAUAUUGAUGAGAUCCCAGUUGGUCUGGAUUGUCCAAAACUUGAGCUUCUACACUUAGAAGGCGAACGUUAUUCGGAAAAUAGCAUGGACAUCAUGUGUAAAGGGAUGAAAGAGCUGAAGGUUUUAGCAUUGGUAGACAUGGGUGGGAUAUCAGCCUUGCCGAGGUCACUAGGACUACUGAAGAGCCUUCGAACCUUGUCCCUAAAUGGUUGUUAUGAUUUAAUAGAUAUAUCUGAUGCUAUUGGAAGAUUGGAAAAUUUAGAGAUCCUCAGCUUUCGUAAAUGCUCUAGAAUCUUAGAGUUGCCGAAGGAAAUUGGACUUCUUAAACAUUUAAGGUUGUUAGAUAUCACGGAUUGUGAUCGUCUUGAGAAGAUUCCACAUGGUCUCUUAUCGAGCUUAUCUAGUCUUGAAGAGUUGUAUAUGGAAAAUAGUUUUCGCAAAUGGGAACAAUCAGCUACAGAAAGCGAAGAUAAGAGGAUGGCAAGCCUUGUUGAGGUGAUGUCUUUGUCUAAUCAUUUGAAGGGUUUUAGUCAUAGAGAUACCCGAUUUCAACUUCUUUCCAAAAGACUUUUACUUGACAAGCCGGGCAACAAUAAGAUUCCACAUAUCCAACAGAUUGUUUGCACGAGAGCUUUUUGGAGGUCAAUCAAGUACUGGUUGUUAUGCAUUCGAAAAUAA